CUCAGCCGGGCACGGAGUAAAAAGAAUCAGAAAUAGUGGGGCAAAAGUCUAGUGAACUUUGACACUUCUAUGUGAUGUAGAAAAUGUAUGCAAGAUGAAAAUAGCGACCUUUUUGCAACAACAAUGAAAAUUUUUCUUUUCUGCACAAUGCUUGCAAUGGGCAAGAAACGCAUGACUUGGACUCCUUAGCAGGCUUUGAAUAAACAUCCACAAAUUUAUUAGUCGAAUAUAUGAUAGACAAGCUUCUUGCAUUCUUCCUCUUCCCCCACCGACCAGAAGAUGGGGAAGAGCUGCAAAGUGGUAGUAUGUGGGCAAGCGUCCGUUGGGAAGACCUCUAUCCUGGAGCAGCUCCUCUAUGGGAAUCAUGUGGUCGGUUCAGAGAUGAUCGAAACCCAAGAGGACAUUUACGUGGGCUCCAUCGAGACAGACCGGGGGGUUCGGGAGCUGGUGCGCUUCUACGACACCCGAGGCUUGAGGGAUGGGCUGGAAUUGCCCAAGCACUGCUUCUCCUGCACUGAUGGAUACGUGCUGGUUUACAGCAUUGACAGCAAGGAGUCCUUCAAGAGGGUGGAGAUUCUGAAGAAGGAGAUCGACAAGAGCAAGGAUAAAAAGGAGGUCACCAUCGUGGUCUUAGGCAACAAGUGCGACUUGCAGGAGCAGAGACGCGUGGACCACGACGCAGUGCAACACUGGGCCAAGGCCGAGAAAGUGAAGCUGUGGGAAAUCUCCGUCGCCGACCGCCGGACCCUCAUCGAGCCCUUUGUCUACCUUGCCAGCAAGAUGACACAGCCGCAGAGCAAGUCCGCCUUUCCGCUCAGCCGCAAGAACAAAAGCAGUGGUUCCGUGGACGGGUGACUCGGGUGCUGUGCCCGCUGUAUCUCAUGGACCUGCAUGCACAUAGGGCUGGCCUUACCUUGAGCCAACGUGAAAAGGGAACACCCAGUAGCAGAUUCCUGAUGAGCCACUGCUUUCUUUCCUCUCUUUGCAUGUUCCCCCUCAUUUUUAAAAAAGGAGAACACCACAAGUACACAGUGGACGCCACUUUUGACUUGAAUGGGGAAAAAAUGUCUGAAGCUGACACCACCUGCCUGAGUCAAGUGCAAACAGGUGUGUUGUGCGAUAAAAAAAGAGCAGCCUGGUUGCUGUCACGGGUUAGGGGCACAUUGGUGGCUUAAAACACAGUGAGGUUGCUUUCUCCUCACUGUCCGCAUUUUUACAGAGAGAGGGUGGGGAUGUCUUAACCUGAGGCAUGUUACCUGAUCUGUUUUCCUGCACCCAAAGCAAAGUAGCCUAUUCAAUGAAGUUGUCAUCUGAAUGUGCAGUGGCUUUCACAAGUGUACACACCUCAGCUUAUGUUUCCUGUGGGGUGGGCGUUGGUUUGAGACGAGGGGGAAACACCACACGGCAGUAUUUCUCAAGAAACUACAGGAUACAGAUGGAUUGCGGCGAACAUGUGUACUUGGCUUCAGACACCAAUGGUGGAAGUGCCACUGGAGUCAGAGAAAGUGGUAAUGUGUACCCAGCCAUGGUUGAAUAUUCAACCAUGUUUGGAGCCAUUCUUAUUUUCCAAGCGGCUUUGAUUUUAGCCUUGGAAACCUGUGUUAAGGGUACCAAAUUUUUGCUUUUGAUUUGGGUCCCGAAGAGCAGCAUGAGCAGCAGAGAGGGGAGUCUUCCUUGACCGACCCCAUUUGAGUGGUGACCCCGAUUCAGUUCCCUUCCCUUCCUUCUCCUUCUGCCCACCAAGGGAGGAUGAAUGCUGUAGGGUGAAGCUGCAGGGCCAUGGGGGCAAUGAGGACAGUGGAAUGUGCUGUUCAACAUGGGAGCAAGCUCAUGGCCAAGCUAAUCUGUUAUCUCCCAGACCUCUGGUCUAGCAGGAAAUAUCUGCAGAAAGGCUUGUAUUUGUUUAUUGAGAAGAGAAUGCUGAGUAAUUGCGGAUGGAAGAAAAGCAAACAGUUACAUGCCUUAAGUUCAAGGCCGAU